GGUCAGAGUUGGUCGCUCUUCCGGUGGCUGGUCCUUAGCGCGGCCGGCCAUAUUGUCCCUGAGACAGCAGAAAUCCUCCCGGCGGACGAGGCACCAGCGGAAGGAACGCGGCUGGGCGCGUCGAGGAAGAAGCGAGUCCCCACUGAGAGCUAUAGCGGUGGACCUCAUCUCUACUUACCAGUCACACCCUCCCCAUCCUUCACCGAAGAACAGGUUCUGCCCUCUUUGCCAAGCUGUCGGACAUGUCAGGACCCGUGCCGAGUCGGGCCAGGGUGUACACAGAAGUGAACACGCACAGGCCCCGAGAAUACUGGGAUUAUGAGUCCCACGUGGUUGAGUGGGGAAACCAGGAUGACUUCCAGCUGGUGCGGAAAUUGGGACGGGGCAAGUACAGUGAAGUCUUUGAGGCGAUCAACAUCACAAACAACGAGAAAGUUGUCGUGAAAAUUCUCAAGCCUGUAAAGAAGAAGAAAAUCAAACGUGAAAUUAAGAUCCUGGAGAAUCUUCGUGGAGGGCCAAACAUUAUCUCCCUCAUUGACAUUGUGAAAGACCCCGUGUCACGGACUCCAGCGCUGGUUUUUGAACACGUGAACAACACUGAUUUCAAGCAACUGUACCAGACCUUAACAGACUAUGAUAUACGAUUCUACAUGUAUGAGAUCCUCAAGGCCCUGGACUACUGCCACAGCAUGGGAAUCAUGCACAGAGAUGUGAAACCCCACAAUGUGAUGAUUGACCAUGAACACCGCAAGCUGCGGCUCAUCGACUGGGGUCUGGCAGAGUUCUACCACCCAGGGCAGGAGUACAAUGUCAGGGUGGCCUCCCGUUACUUCAAAGGUCCAGAGCUGCUUGUUGAUUACCAGAUGUACGAUUACAGCUUGGACAUGUGGAGUCUGGGCUGCAUGCUGGCCAGCAUGAUCUUCAGGAAGGAACCCUUCUUCCAUGGCCAUGACAACUACGACCAGUUGGUGAGAAUAGCUAAAGUCCUUGGAACUGAAGACCUUUAUGACUAUAUUGACAAGUACAACAUUGAACUGGAGCCCAGGUUUAAUGACAUCUUAGGAAGGCAUUCCCGCAAACGGUGGGAAAGGUUUGUACACAGUGAGAAUCAGCACCUGGUGAGCACUGAGGCCCUAGACUUCUUGGACAAGCUGCUGCGCUAUGACCACCAAACCCGGCUGACAGCCCGCGAGGCCAUGGAACACCCGUACUUCUAUCAAAUUGUUAAGGAUCAGAAUCGGAUGGGAGGCUCUGCUGGUUUACCCAGCGGGAACACGCCUGUCAGUUCGGCCAGUAUGAUACCAGGGAUUGCUGCCUUGCCCUCCGCCUCCUUAGGCCCUCUUGCAGGCUCGCCUGUUAUCUCUGCCCCUAGCGCCCUGAGCACCCCGGUGCCCGCUGCAGCUGCAGGAGCCCAGCAGUGACAGCACUCCAGCGCCCUGGCUGUAAACCAGGUUUUCACCCGAUUACUUGUGGAAGCAGUGCACGGUCGCCAGCCCUGGCUGUUAUUCCCUGGAGGGAACUUGCGAUUUCACUGAAAUGACAACGAACGUGAAUGUUUUUGUAUGUCAUAUAUACAGGUAUUAUACACAUUUUACAGUUGAGGCACAUGCGCGCGUGUGUACAUGUUGCAAGGAAAAAAUAUAUAAAAUUUGGAACUGGCUAGAUUUUUUUCCUUUUUUUUAAUGUAGAUGACACUAUGCUAAUUGAAAGUGAACUAUGAAAUCAAGAUCAUUGGGGAAAUCAUUUGGACCAAACAAGCACAUACCAUAAAACUGCUGAAGGUAAUGUUAACAAACACCAGAAGGAUGUCUGCCUCCAACAAACAGGAAGGACUCCCAGUUCUCCACACUGAAGGAGCACCACCGUUGAACUAUUCAUCCCCAACAAUGUCUUGGUGGCAAGGGUGUGACACAAUGGGUGCUUGCUCAUGUGCUGUAGUAACACUGCUGCUGUGGACUGAUGUUCAGCUUCGCACACUCUGGCGUGCAUUUCUGCUGGGAGUCUUCGGCUUUGUCCUCCACUGAGCCCUGGGUAUAUGCAGAGGUUUGCUCCCGAUUUCGCCGUGGACUUAUUCAGCGCAAUCAGUGAUCCCCAAAUUUUGCCAGAGCAGCCCUCACUGCUUCUGAAUUUGACAACCUUGAUCCAGCAGCCUACAAGUUCUGCUUCAUGGGUAUAUUGGACCCGAUACACAUUUUUUAAUCUUUUUUUUUUUUGUUGUUGUUUUUGUUUUGCUUUAUUCAUGUGAAAUGCCAUAUACAGUUAAGUGGUCCUCUUUGCAGAAAGCCAUCAAGCCAAGCUUGUUAUUUUAUAAAGUAUACUUUUUUAAAUUAUAACUUUCUUCAAGUAGCAUAACCAAAGUUGUUAUAUUUCUCUGAGAGA